CCCGCCGCGCUGCCGCUCACCUACGGCCUCACCGUGCUGCACGGCGUGACGCUGGCGGGCAGCGCGGGCAACCCGUGCGGCACCUUGCAGCAGGCGUGGGCGGGCGCCGUGCGGCCCCGCGCCGCCGCUCUCCGCAUCGGUGCCCAGUUCGCCGCCGCCGCGCUCGCCAGGGGCUUCAUGCAGCUCGUGUGGAGCCUGGGGGCGGCCGAGGCGCACGUCGGAGCGCGCUGGCAGCGCUGCGGCCACCCGCUGCAGACCACGGAGGCGCAGGCCUUCUUCAUAGAGCUGCUCUUCUCGGCCGUUUUCCAGCUGGCCGUGCUGCGGGUGGACUCGAUCCCUCCCAACUUCAGAGUCCAUUUCAUUGCUCUGCUCAUCACCAUGCUCGUGUAUUCAGGUGGAAAUCUCACAGGAGCAAUAUUUAACCCAGCAUUGGCCUUUUCAUUACAUCCAUAUUGUUUCUAUGAGAAUUUUUUGAGUUAUUCGCUAGUAUAUUGGCUAGCGCCAUCCUUAGGCACAAUACUUGUCUCUUUUGUAUCAGAUGAAAUCCUUCCUCGGAUAUCUUGA